AUGGAGGUUGCUAUACGCCACAAAGCGAAAGGAGGCAUUGAUAACCUGACGCCGGACGACCUGCUCCAGGAGUAUGAAGGCUAUGCGGCAGACGGGUACGCGAUACUUUGGGACCUCUCUGACCACAUGGUCAACCCGAGAGUGCUCACCAACCUCUUCACGAAGAUUGCGGAAAGCCAGGUUGAACUGAAAGCGACGAUGGCGAUCGACCUGGACGCGAAUCGCCUGGAAAGCGCACACGUGAAGGACUUUAAAGUCGUGCUGCAGGUCCUCAAAAAAAAGAAACCCUACCUGCGAGUUCGCUUCGGGUUCGAAGUGUUCAUGCCCUAUCUGAAGCAAGCCAUGGAAGAGGAGGACAUGCUGGACGUCUUCGGCGAGCAAGUCGUCGUGAACAGCCCCUGGACUGACCAGAGCCUGAGAGCAUUCGCCUUGGAGCAGUGCCGGGCCAACAAUCUUGUGGAGAAGCGCCUGGCGAAGCAGGAGGCCAAGAAGGGCCACUCUGAGCAGCUGAAGCAAAUGAAAGGCUACCGCGAUACGGACGACCGCCUUAUCGAGGAGGGGGUGGCGUGUGCAGUGGCCGAGCUGCUGGAGGACGGGCAGGUCAUCUUUGGCACCCGGUACCCAUACCAGAGCGCGGUCGGUGACCUCGAUGGCCUGGUCGUGGGCCGCCGCGACGGGCGUGAUGUUGUUGUGCUGGUAGAGGCUAAGCACAACAUGGACACAAUGGCCAAAAAGGCCCAGUCUGAACUCUUUGCGUCAGUUAAACACUGGGAGUGGCUCAAGGGGCUGAGUGCUGAUGAGCUGGAGUCAGACGAGACCGUGCUUGCGGACUACCAAGCACUCCACCUGGCGGAGUAUGGUGAGCGGGCUGUCUUCCUUGCGUUUGGUGGGAGCAAGUUCUCGGAGAGCGUGGUAAAGAAGCAGUUCAACAACCUGCAGAUGCCGUGGAUUUACGUGGUUGCCAAUAGCAUGGGGAAGUUCAAGGCGCAAACACCGCCGCAGGUUGGCUAA